UUGGUUUUUAUUAUAUACAUUAUUAUAUGGCAUAAGUAUUUUAUAUAGCCCAUGUUUUGGAGUGAUUUAAUUUACUCACUUCAAUAUGUGUGGCAUUAUUUGUGAAAUAUGUUACUCGAAUAGCAGUGUUUUGAAACAGGACAAUCAAUUAUUGGAACGUAUAAAAAACAGAGGACCGAAUUGUGUUUCUGUAAAUGAAAUAAUUUUAGACAAUGGAAUUAAAGUAAUUUUCUGUGCAGCUGUUCUAUGGAUGCAAGGGUCAGAACUAACAUCUCAACCUAUAGAAAAUGAAUAUGGAUUUUUCUUGUAUAAUGGAGAUAUUUUCGAUGAAUCAUGGGAUGCUAGUAUAAAUGAUACUCAAGUGAUUGUUAAGAAAUUAAGCAGAGCAAAAAAUGAUCCAGAGGAUAUAGUGAAGGAACUGAAGACUUUGAAAGGACCAUUUAGUAUUAUUUAUUAUGACAAAGUAAAUCAUAAUCUGUAUUUUACAAGAGAUAGAAUUGGAAGAAAUAGUUUACUGGUCCAUAAAAAUGAAUCUUCUUUAGUCUUUAGCAGUGUUUUAGGUAGAAAAUAUGAUUGUAUUGAAGUACCUUCCACCUACAUUUAUAUGCUAAACAUAAAAACAAAAGAAUUAAUGUCAAUGUCCUGGAGUGAAACCUUUGAAAUCAUCAAUGAGAUUGAUAUGAUUGAAUGGAUGUCAUCAGUGCAGGAACAACAAAAUUUACCAGAUGAAAAAUUUACAUUCAGAUAUGAUGACAAAUUAAACAUCUUUGAAAAUGAAAUUCUAAUACACUUUAUAGAAAAUCUUGGAAGAGAAACUAAAUGUAAAUUGGAUCUUUUAGAGCAACUUUUAAAUAAUAAUGAGAUCAGUGAUACAGUUUCUAAAAUAAUACAGUUAUUAGAACAAAGUGUUAAAAUCAGAGUUCUACGUCAACCUAAAAUGUGCCAAAAAUGUAUACAAAUAAAAAAUUUUAAUUGUAAUCAUUGUUCUGUGGGUGUUUUAUUUUCGGGUGGAUUAGAUUGCACCAUAUUGGCAUUUUUGGCAGAUAAAUACUUACCAAAGGAUCAAAGUAUUGAUCUCAUCAAUGUUGCAUUUGAAAAGGGCAACAGCAAUAAUUAUGAUGGACCAGACCGAUUAACGGGACAGCAGUCUUUAGAAGAAUUAAGAAGAUUAUGCCCUUUAAGACAAUGGGUGUUUAGAGAAGUAAAUGUUCCUAGAGCUAAAUUAGAAAAAUAUCAAUCUGAAAUUAUAGGGGAUUUAAUAUACCCUAGACAGACAAUUUUGGAUGAAAGUCUUGGAUCAGCUUUAUGGUUUGCAGCUCAAGGUGAAAAUUGUCAAGAUACAUCAUUUUGUAGGGUACUGCUUUUAGGUUCUGGAGCCGAUGAGUUAUUUGGUGGUUAUACUAGACAUAGAAAUGCAUAUAAGCGUUAUGGCUGGGAUGGUUUAAACAAGGAGCUUCUGCUGGAUUGGAAACGAAUUUCCUUUAGAAAUCUAGCACGUGAUAAUAGAGUAAUUUGCGACCACGGUCGGCAACCGCGGUUACCUUAUUUGGAUGAAGACCUUACGGAAUUUUUGCUACAGUUGAAACCAUGGUUAAAAUGCUUUCCUAAUGACAAUUUGGGUUUGGGGAUUGGAGAUAAACUUAUGCUAAGACUUGUGGCUUUCAAAUAUGGGCUGACUGGUGUUGCAAUAUUACCGAAGAGAGCUUUACAGUUUGGAUCAAGAAUAGCAAACAAAAAAGAAAAAGGAAGUGAUAUAUCAAAAACUUUUUUAGUUAGUUGA